GUACCGUGACAUUUUUGUCAACCGCCAAAAAAAAACCAAGAAGAAGAAGAAGAAGAAGAUUCCCGCCCUCCAGCUUCCAGGUGCUCCUUUCAUCGUUUGCUGUUGGACGCUUUCAUAUCUCAGAAUAUUCUGAACGGCUCAGUCCAGCACUAACCAGACCCAGCAGGCGUACCGGUUCGGACUAACCACUGGAUCAGUUCCAUAACUCAGAGGAUAAAUCGGACUCCCAGACGGCUUGUAGCUGAAGCUCCAUCGAGGUGCUGCACAGAACGUUUCUCCCAAGAGCUUGAGCUGGAGAAUAAGAACAUCUGAAGAACAACGAGGUGCUGGAGUUGAUCUGGCAGUAACACAAUGAAGAACAAUGAGACCAAGAUAGUGGUGGAGGAGGAGAACCAUGAGGUGAAGACUGAGAUGGAGGAGGAGAACCAUGAGAUGAAGACUGAGAUGGAGGAGGAGAACCAUGAAAUCAAGAUAGAGGUGGAGGAGGAGGACCACGAAAUGAAGACUGAGAUGGAGGAGAACCAUGAAAUCAAGAUAGAGAUGGAGGAGGAGAACCAUGAGAUGAAGACUGAGAUGGAGGAGGAGAACCAUGAGAUCAAGAUAGAGGUGGAGGAGGAGAACCAUGAGAUGAAGACUGAGAUGGAGGAGGAGAACCAUGAGAUGAAGACUGAGAUGGAGGAGAACCAUGAGAUCAAGGUUAAGGUGAAGGAGGAGAACCAUGAGAUCAAGAUAGAGGUGGAGGAGGAGAACCAUGAGAUGAAGAUUGAGAUGGAGGAGGAGAACCAUGAGAUGAAGAUUGAGAUGGAGGAGAACCAUGAGAUGAAGACUGAGGUGACACAGCAGGAGAAGGAUGAGAAAGUUAAAGUUGAGAAGUACCAGGAGGAAUACCAGGACCCAAAACCAGACCACCAGGUAAUGAACACCACAAACCGGACUGAACCAGCCACCACUUCUGGUCCCACUGAUCUACAGGAACCUGAAGAGCAUCAGCAGACUGAUGGAGCCCUCAACGCACCAUCUAAAGGAACAGAUCAUGGUCAGACUGGGAAAAAGCCAUACAGCUGUGACCAGUGUGGAGCAACUCUUAAAACUAAAUGUGAUUUAAAGAGACAUCAGCGUAUCCACACUGGAGAGAGACCAUACAGCUGUGACCAGUGUGAAGCAGCCUUUAAUACUAAUAAUCAUUUACAGAGACAUAAACGGAUCCACACUGGUGAGAAACCAUACAGCUGUGAGCAAUGUGGGAAAUCAUUUCGUAACAAAGGCACUCUACAAAAACAUCUUGUCUCCCUUCAUCUAGAAGAAAAGGCCCACAGAUGUGACCAAUGUGGGAAAUGCUUUGCAAUCAGCGAAAGGCUGAAAAUCCACCAAAGAAUUCAUUCUGAUGAGAAACCUUAUAAGUGUGACACUUGUGGAAAAGCCUGUAGGGAAAAGAGUGAUUUAAGGCGUCAUGAACUGACCCACACAGAUCAGAGACAUUAUAAAUGUGAAGUAUGUGGGAGAACAUUUAAUCGCUUAGGUACUCUUAAAAGGCACAGGCGAACGCACACUGGAGAAAAACCAUACAGAUGUGACGUGUGUGGGAAAACCUUUGGUAGAAAAUUUACUUUGGGUACUCACAGACGGUCACACACUGGAGAACGGCCUCACUGGUGUGACCUCUGUGGUAAACUCUUUUCUGCGAGGACAUCUUUAAAGGCACAUCAGCAAACUCCCUGCAAAUGAGAAGGAACGGUGCUGUUUUAAAUAAAUACAUAUUUAGGAUGUGAUAAAUGUGAGCUGUACGGAAAACGGAUUAAGGUGAUUAUCUAAUCAAUUAGAUAGUUUAUAAAGAAUGAAGGUAACAAAAACUGGCUGGUAAGAUGCUUUGAAGGUGAUGGAGCAAAGUUGGACAUGAGUUUAUGUAAAUAGUUUCAAAACAGUAGUGGAUGAUUUUUGAUAUUUAAGGUAAGAAUUACUACUAUACUGAAAUAUGCUAAUUGAAAAUGUGACUUUUGAAAUGACUUCUCUGAGGGCAGAAAAGAGGGAAUAUGAUCGGUUGUUACCCUGCAGGAGCUUUGGGUCAACAUUGUGGUCGGAGAUUGUUUUAGGAUUAACAGCAAGAACGCAGCAGAUAUCUGGAGACUCUAGAACCUGUAAUGUUAGCCAAGAUUCUGUGUCAAAACUGUUCAGUACUUGAGUCCGAGAGUUGAGGCUUCUGAAAUGUUCUCAGGGUUGCUGAUCACGCUGUGAUAACCAAGGAUGUCGGCUGAUGGACGCUUGGAAUCCUGAUUAAGAUCAUUGUUACGGUGGAUUACAUGAAUUUGGCUUAUCGUAUUUUUCCAAAUUCCUAAAAUUUCUUGUAAGUUUUAAGUUCACAGUCAUCAUACCCUCUUCCAUAUUUUAGAUUUUUCUUUGGUCGUCAGAAUGUUGAAAUUUUGUUACUGGAUUACUAAUUUUAUAGGAUUACUGGAAUUUUUUCCCUCCUGAUUUGGGGACCUUGGAUUACAGCAGCGUUUCGCACCAACCAUGGGGUGAAACAUGUACAGCACACAGAGAACAAGAGAUCGGUCAAAACUCAGAAUCCCAGGAUGCACAGCAUGAACCUAUUUUCAGGACAACUUCCAGGAAGGAGGAGUCGCAGCUGGAACCGCCGUGACAUCAGAGAUCUACAAACCCUGGCGCGCUGCACUAUUAGUUAUCUUUAACCAGCGGUAGCCCAGCUGGCUGCAUUGGGGAGAAAUGCGAGUUGACGUCUGACUUUGAUGGCCGAGUUGGGCUACUUGUUUGAAACGUGGAUCCAAGAGUUGAGUACGAAGUGUAAUUUGUGCAUCUGGCAACCAAAACUGGCUGAAAUCUUUCUAUCUAAGCUUGUGGAGAAAAUGAUUUUCCCAGUAGACACGUCGUCUCUAAUCGUGUCGACGGUGCUGCUUUCCCCUCCCUGUCUGAGAGGAGACUGCCUGGGAACCAUGGGUGCCAGUCCGAGAAGCAGAAGGUUGCCCAGCUGCUAGACCCACAGUAGCCUCCUUUGUCCACAGCCUCUCAUCGCGCCCCUUUGGACCUGAUCACCAGAACGGUUCACUUAAGUGGUUGUGCCUAAGCAGAGAAAAUGAGUUUUGCCUAAAACAUUUAAAAUUUUCAUUUCAUUGGGUUUUGCUUGUUUGUGCUAAACUAUUUGACGUUUUGUAUUCUACUUGCGAAGCUAAUGCUAAAGGCCACUGAGCCUCGUUUCUAAAGUUUAGUCAAACUUUGUUUUAAUGAGUGGUCGUAGCACGCUGUCAUAUACAUGUUAAUAUUUCUAUUAAUGAUAGGUAAAGGUACAUAUGUGACUAAAGGAAUUACUAAAUAAGCUAUUGGCUUGUUAGCUAAACCCAGAUGUGACAUCAUCACGUAGAUCCAUUUGUUCACCAUCUUGUGUCAACUCCAUUCCAAAUCCCACCUCCCCCUGUAAUAGCUGAAGAACCAGUUGUCUAAAAAGUUA